AUGUUUCGAGUGCCGCUGCUUCCUGGUGAUAAUGGCGAAGCUGAUCAAGAAAACCAAGUACGACACUCCGUUCUGAGUCGUGGCUCAAGCAUGCCAGCGCAAAAGCGCGUUCCUCCUUCAGUGAAAAAUGCUGUAAACUCCACGGGAGCAGUAAACGAGGAGGACUUCCGGAAAGCUUUUACCCAAGUACCAAAGUGUGGUAUAUAUUCAUCAAAAGAACUGUUAUCACAAAUGGAGUCGAUACGCAAAAUUUUGGAAAACGUUCAAGGAGAUUGGUCACAGCGUGUUAAUUCGUUAAAACUGUUGCGUUCUAUUUUAAUAAAUGGCGGUAUGGAUUACGAAAGCGAGCUGUUGUCAAGCAUUAAUUCAUUGGAAGAUGCGCUGCUAACGUCGGUGAAAGAUCUUAGGUCGCAAGUUUGCCGCGAAGCCUGCAUAACUGUAAGCUUUCUGUGUGAAAAGCUGGGAGUAUCGGUCGUAAGGCUCUGUGAAGCACUUUUACCGGCAACCAUCGGUCUUAUCCCGAACAGCGCGAAGAUCAUGUCCACAUCGGGAAUAACCGCGUCUCAUUUCAUAGUGAAAGCAGGUAUUGGUGAUGCGGAUGCCCAAGCCCGUGCAUCAGCGAGGAACAGCUAUCAGCACUUAGAUCAGCAUUAUCCUCACCUAGCCCAAUUGCUUUUUCAGAGUUUGGAUCACUCGAGGCAACGUUCGCUGUCCGGCGCAAUAUCGGCCGCUUCAUCAUCACAGUCAGUCAACAGCGAACGCGAUUCACUGAAUAUGGCACAUAGACCUGGAGCUUUUGGUUUGAAUAGACCGCGAACAACAAAUUUCUUUGCCGGUCGCUCGGCUUCGGAAAUUGAUGCGAACGCGGUUCGUCGAGCUGCAGCAUUCAGUCCAACAAAAAGUAAACUGGCUGGAUCGGCGGCAGUACGAAAUACUCCAGCGCGUCCGAAUGUCGUUCGCACUGGAGUUCCACCUCGGCAGAAACCUCUGAAAAGUAGUAACUCGGCGAAUCCUCCCGGAAGCGUUUCACAGCUCACUACUCCAAAUCAUGGAGCCGGUUCAAAUGGCCAUGCUGCUGUUUCAGACACGCGACAACUGUGUAGUGCAAUUAAGAACUUCUCCUUGAACGCUGACGACAGUGAUUUUCCUGCUGGCGUUAUCAGGUAUGACCAAGCCGAGUUAACAGAUGCCUUGGCUGCGUGCUUGUCGGUGAACCUCAACGAAAGAAAGGGUGGACUGCGGUCACUACUCGAAAUUCUUAAGGUGCGACGAAAUCUCCAACAAUUGGAAAUUAAGAAGGUUUGUGACGUCCUCAGUAAACUACUCACUGAAGGAAAUCACAAGCUAAUGCAAAUAUUGAUGGAUAUUUUAAAUGUCUUCGUAUCAUCAUAUCACGAUAACCUUGGAGAUUGGUUGCAAUUCUUGUUACUGAAACUCCUCUAUAAGAGCGGCGUCGAGAUUCUACCCACACUUGUGCAACCCCUUAAUAUGGCGCUAAGAGCUGUUCGAACUACCUUCCGUCCAGAGCUUCAAUUGAUAGCCUUAUGCAAAAAUAUUCAAGAUCCUAUUCAAACACCACCGCUAAAGGUUAAAGCUGCUACCCUGAACUAUCUGCAUGAACUUCUGCAAGGAAUGGAACAAGGUUCAAGUCUUGCACGCGAUGAAAUUCGUGCAGCCGUGCAGAAAAUUUUCUAUUGGAUGGAAGACCCUAAGAAGGCAGCCAUAAAAGUUGCUUGCGAACGUGUAAUAUAUGACUUCUUCUCUUUAAACACCGCCGAUUUCUCUACUAUACUGUCAGAUUAUCCUCCACAGUGGAGAGAAUUCGCGUAUAGCUUGCUUAAAAAGAAUAAGCCCAGCGACUCUACGUUGCAACGAUCUCCAGCACUGGUUGCUACUCCACCUCGUGAGGCAGUUGCCGACCAGUCCUCUCAGGUUACUGAUUUUAUUGACGGCCGCGGUGGUUUAACGGGUCCUCUUAUGACGUCUAUCAGUUUGUCUGACUCUCCUAAUAGUUCAUCGCAUUUCCUGAAUGGCCGAUUGUCAAAAGGAUCGUCUGCUACGAACGAUGGUGAUCUAAGUUUGAGCAACAUCAAUGAGGAAAGGGAUUUCUAUGAAGGAAAAGAUGAAUUUGAACAUAAGCUGGAGUCCACUAUGUAUUUGAAGGAUGAUGCUCAGCUUCAAAAUGAAUACAUUGCUUCACUCCUGAAAGAACUGUCGACAUUAGAUCCGUCCAGACGUAAUGAGCAGAACCAUGCUCUGCAAAUAUUGCAACAAAUGGUUAGCGAGGGCUCGUUGACGACAUGGGAAGAGAAUUUCAAAUCACUCAUUCUGCACAUAUUUAAUGUGUUAACAGAGAAUGACGUUACUUUGAAACGGAAUGCGCUAAAGCUGCUCACAAAGAUUUGUGUUGCUCAAGCCAUGAGUUUCUAUGAUCUCGCUGAAAUGACAUUAUUCAAGGUGUUGGACUCGAUUUCAGAAGAAGAGAACCAGCACGUAAUGAAUGUCGCCGAUGAAUGUCUGAAAACAUUAGCUACACACUUUCCAUUGCAUGUCGUUAUUCGAGCCACGAAACCCAUAAUAGCUCAAGAGAACGACCCUCGAGUUGGUCCCGCAUUGAAAAUGCUUACCCGUCUUAUUGAGUCGUUGGAUGCUGAGGAACUUACGGCAAGAUUACCAGAAAUCGCACCAGGGGUUGUUAAUUGCUACUCCAAUCCACAGUCGAGCGUUCGUAAAUCCACUGUGUUCUGUCUGGUAGCGAUGGUGAACAAGGUCGGUCGAGAACCUUUAAAUCCGUAUUUGGAGCCACUUCCAAGUUGCAAGAUUCAUCUACUGGAGGUGUAUAUUCAGCGAACACAGACGUCGUCAACACAUUUCUAA